AUGUAUAUACAACUGCAAUUCAGAUUCGAUGAUGUAACAGAAGCAAAUUAUGAAACAGCUGUAAUCAUAAGGAAUUGCUUAAGAAAUUUCAUCGACAUUAUUUUGAAACCACUAUGUACCUACAUAGCCAUCUUCAUUCGGUUUGACAUAGAUUUCCUGUCCCAUCUUCCCAAAACAACCGAAACAAACUCAGUCCUACUGAGCCUUGAUGUAGUAAGCCUUUACACCAAUAUCCCAUAUGAUUUAAGAAUAAAGGCGAUUAAAUACUGGGUAGAUAAACAUAGAGAAGCAAUUCCCAACAGAUUCACAGUGACAUUUAUAUUAGACUCAGUCAAACUUAUUCUUGAAAACAACACUUUCUUCUUCAAUGGAAAGAACUAUAUCCAAAUUAAAGGCAUGGCCAUGGGAACGAGGUUUGCUCCCGUUUACGCGAACUCGGUGAUGGGAUACUUAGAACAAAAACUCCACCAGGAAAUAGAGGAGAGAUGCAGCACUGAAUUUAGGACGUAUAUUGAAAAGGCAUGGAAGAGAUACCUCGACGAUUGCUUCAUAAUCCGAACAAAAUCUCAAAACACUGUGAAAGAAUUCAAAUUCCUCUUGAACAACCUACACCCAUCCAUCCAAUUUACAAAUGAGAUGAGCAGUACCAAAUUACCAUUCCUAGAUAUAAUGGUGAUUAAAAAGAACACCACCAUUACCACAUAUAUAUAUUAUAAACAGAUACAGAUUAAUACCUGGAUUUUAAAUCGUGCCAUCCACCGCAUACAAAACGUAACAUCCCAUACUUCUUGGCCAGAAGAAUCUGUACUAUUGCAGAAGAUUUGA